AUGAGGUGGCUGCUGCUGUUUUUGGAGUGGUUGGUGGACUGGGCCCGCGGGACUUACUGGUUUCUGGUGGGAAAGAGAAGUGCUCUGUGUCAGGAGUCCUUCAGUCCUCCAGCCCGGCAGGAGUUUGACCAGCAGGCAAGAGACAGGGUAUUAGCGCAGGAGUUCAGCGCGGACAAAGUAGCUUCCGGCCUGGAUGUGGUUGUGAUUGGUAGUGGUGUUGGUGGACUGACGGCUGCUGCAGUGCUGGCCAAACUUGGCAAGAAAGUUCUUGUUCUCGAACAGCAUGAUAAGGCUGGAGGCUUGUGCCAGUCCUUCAAUGUGAAAGGCUUCCAGUUUGACUCUGCUUUCCACUACAUAGGUCAACUUCAUGAGAACAGUCUACUGAAAAUUGCGCUGGAUCAGAUUACUGAUGGUCAGCUGCAGUUUGCUGAACUGGACCCUCACAUGGACACUGUAGUCAUUGGAAAGGGGGACAGACGCAAGGAAUACACCAUCUACACAGGCAAGCGACAGAUGGAGGCUCACCUUAAGAAGCAGUUCCCUAAUGAUACUCGGGCAAUUGAGGAGUUUUUUAAGAUCAUGAAGAUCUGCUCCAAAAAGAUCCAUCUUUUGUGUGACUUGAAGUUUGUCCCACUGUGGUUUGCACGCUUCAUUCUGUGGAGUGGAAUUGCUGACUGGAUCUCUCCAAUCUUCAAGUACGCAUGCACAAGCACUGCAGAUGUGAUUGGUGCUCUUACCACCAACAAAGAUUUCUUGACUGUCAUUGCACACUACUUGCAUGGUGUUCCACUCAAGAACGCUUGCUGCAUGUUAAAUGCAUUGCUCUUUCAUCAUUACAAGCGUGGUGCAUACUACCCUAAGGGAGGUGCGCGUGAAAUCCCUUACCACAUCAUUCGGGUCAUUGAAAAGCAUGGAGGAAAAGUACUGGUUAAAGCCCCAGUCUUGCAGAUUUUGGUUAAUAAAAAUGGUGCUGCUUAUGGGGUGACUGUGAAGAGGGGUAGUGAGCAGAUUAAUAUUAAAGCUCCUGUAGUCAUUUCGAGUGUUGGUGUAUUCACCACUUUUCAGAAGCUUCUGCCCUAUGAGAUCCAAGUCAAGCCAGAGAUGAAAGAAUGCCUGAGUCCUUUCAAAAUUGGCAAAGGAUCCUUCCAAGUGUUUGUGGGCUUCAACGCUACCCAGGAGGAGUUAGACAUUACUUCAGCAAACACGUUGCUCUUUAAGAGUAAUGAUAUGGAUGGCAUGUUGGAGGAGUACUUCAGUUUGAACAAAGACAAGGCGCCUGAGAAUGUUCCUAUGAUGUUUGUCUCCUUCCCUACUGCUAAAGACCCCACCUCAAAGGACUGCUUUCCAGGCAAGUCAUGUAUGGAGAUUCAUACCAUUGUGAGAUAUGAGUGGUUUGAGCAAUGGAAGGACGUGCCUGUGGAGACCCUGGCUGAUCAUGAGAAUUACAAGAUGAGAUUCGCCAAUUAUCUUUUUGACUGGGCCUGUAGCUACUUUCCCAAGCUGAGAGCAAAGUUGGCAGUGCUACAUGCUGUCAGUCCAGUCAAUAUGCAUGGGCUGGGAGCCCGGGAAGGAUCCAUGAUGUCUGCUGAGCACAACCUGGAGCGAUACCACCCUUUGAACAUGGCCAAAAGCAGGUGCUCCACACCCAUAAAGAAUCUAUACCUUUCAGGUCAGGACGUGUUCAGCGCUGGUUAUUGUGGAGCGUUGCAUGGUGGACUCCUUUGUGCCUCUACUGUUCUGGGACAUGUGGUCUACAUUGACCUUCUCCUCCUUCAAAAGAGACUGAAGCAGAAAGCAGCCAAGAAACUGGACUAA